AUGUCUGAAUUCAAUAUCCUCACCCCAAAUGCCAUGCUCGGUUAUGGCUACCGGGCUGACCACUUCUGGUUUGGGAUUGAGAAGUUCGCCCCAAAGGCAAUCAUCGUCGACAGCGGGUCCACCGAUGGCGGGCCGUACAAGCUUGGUCUGAACAAGAUGACCUGUGGCCGUGAGUCGUACAUACGAGAUCUUACCCCAAUUUUGCAGGCCUGUUUCCAUCACAAAAUUCAAGUUCUCCUGGGAUCAGUGGGUGGUGAUGGUAGCGAUAAGCAUGUUAGAGAGAUGUUUGAGAUCGUCCAAGAAAUCGCCGCUAAGGAAGGCUUCUCUUUCAAAGUUGCCACCAUAUUUGCUGGCUUCCAGAAGGACCUUUUACGGCAGCGUAUCGUCAAUCAACAAGUUGGACCAUGUGGUCCGGUAGAGCAAUUGACGGUGAAUAACGUUGAUCGCGCUAUCGAUAUUGUCGCUCAGAUGGGAGCCGAACCUUUUCUGAAAGCGUUAGAAACGAGCCCAGAUAUUAUUCUCGGUGGCCGUUGCUAUGACCCCGCUCCUUUUGCUGCAUUCUCCAUGCAUCACGGUGUGCGUCCCGGCGUAGCCUGGCACAUGGGCAAAAUUAUGGAGUGUGGUGGAAUUUGUGCACUUCCGAAGGGGAGGUCGAUGAUCGCGACUAUGCGAGAAGAUUCCUUUGACCUCACUCCCUUAUCUCCUAGGGAGCGAUGCACUCCUCUGUCGGUUGCCGCCCACACACUAUAUGAGAAAACACGGCCUGAUCGCCUGCCGGGUCCCGGUGGAGUCCUUCAACUCGACAAAGCCUCAUACGAACAAAUAACAGAGACCACCGUGCGGGUUAGCGGCGCGGAGUUUUUCCCUACACCUGUCUACCAAGUCAAAUUGGAAGGCGUUGAAAAGCUAGGAUACCGCACUAUAUUCAUUGGUGGCAUCCGGGACCCAAUCCUUAUCAGUCAGAUCGAUUCUUUCCUCGAGGAUGUGCGCGCAUACACGCAAAAUUUGUUCCCUGAGCUAGACACGUCCCCCCAGUGUCAGCUUAUUUUCCACUUCUAUGGCCGCAACGGAACAAUGGGUCCAAUUGAACCUACCCCAGUCGCUGGCCAUGAGCUGGGUAUUCUAGGAGAAGUUGUCGCACCCUCCCAGGAGCUGUCCUACACGAUUGCGAAUAACGCACGCGCGUCAAUUCUGCACAUGCCCUAUAAGAACCAGGUUGCGACAACUGGUAAUUUUGCAUCACCGCUUUCGCCACAUGAGACAGCAGCGGGUCCUGUGUUCCGUUUCAAUAUCUAUCAUCUUGUCGACUUGGAAUCUAACGAGGAGACUAGACUGUUCCCUGUCAACACACAGAUUAUUAGCAACCAGCCCACCCCCACCUCUCUCGAUUCCAAAAACUCGAUUGUGCCCAGUCUGACCGAUUCUGAGAGGCAGAAGCUACUUUCAGAAACCCUUGAGCCUUUGUCCUUGAAGCCGAUUCCCCUAGGGAAGUGUGAAAUGAAAGACAUCGCCAAAAUCAUUCGAUCCAAGAACUCUGGUCCCUUUGAAAUGACAUUCGAUAUCAUGUUCGACACGGAGGAGGCUUAUAAGCGUGUUAAGCAUGCGAACAUUCUGACCAAUGAGUGUGUUAUGAGAAUGUAUCACUUACAACCCGAAGACAUCAUCACCAAUAUGUUUUUCGAGCCUGCUUUGGCAUGGAAGUGCACUAUUCGCCGACCCUGGGAGCAGGGAACAGUGGGAGAACGCGACACAUUGGGCACUCAGCAACAUGGACCCCUUUUGACCAUUGUCGUGCCAGCUGCCACCAAUAUCACUGGUGCCAGUGCACUCAGCAACACAGCCGUGUCACCACCCUCCCAGGAUCGCUCCCAAUUCUCGGCUAAGGACAGUGUGGACUAUUUUUGGACAACACUGGGUCUACCUGCCGCUUCGCUUGAAAAACUCCAACUUCCUGGCUACGGUCUUGGAUUGCCGUCAUCCUUCAAGAUCGCCCAUCUCGCCCAGGCAUCUAUUGGCUUGUCCGCCUUAUUGGCUGCUCAGAUUCAUGCUUAUCGUAGUAACCUGGCAGUUCCUACGGUGUCGGUUCCAUUGCAACAUGCAGCUAUUGAGUUCAAGUCUGAGAGACUUUACACUCUAGCAGACAAGCCCGCUCCUUCACCAUGGGGUCCUAUCGGCGGCUUACAUAAGACAUCUGACGGUUACGUGCGUGUGCACGACUCCUUCCCUAACCAUCGCGACGGCGCUCUGGCUCUUGUCGGUUGCAACCGAAAUGCUUCUCGAGCAGAGCUGGCAUUAAAGAUUGAGAGAUGGUGUUCGGUUGAUCUAGAGGCAGCUGCUUUCGAUAAUCACCUUGUUAUUUCCGCCCUUCGGUCAUAUUCUCAAUGGGAUGUUCUACCCCAGGCAUAUAAGAUUGCGGAUUUCCCUAUCACUCUACAGAAGCUAUGUGAUGGACCUGUUGGCCUGCCCUCGACCAUGCAGUCAGGCUCAGACAAAUGCCUUCGCGGUCUACGUGUUCUUGAGCUCUCGCGCGUAAUUGCAGCUCCUCUCUCAGGGAAAACGCUAGCUGCCCAUGGCGCUGACGUCUUAUGGGUCACUAGCCCUGGUCUCCCUGAUCUCCCAACUAUGGAUCGUGACUUUGGCCGAGGUAAGCGCACUGUUCAGCUUGAUUUGAAAUCUCAGUCGGGGAAAGAUGAACUUUCACAGCUACUUGCAGAGGCACACGUAUUCGUGCAAGGCUUCCGCCCAGGAGGUCUGGCAGACCUCGGAUUCUCUAGUGAAUCCUUGUCCGCGCGGUUCAAGGAGCGUAACAUUAUUUGCGCAAAUAUGUCGGCUUAUGGGCCAGAGGGUCCCUGGUCAGAUAGACGCGGGUUUGACUCCCUAAUUCAGACAUGUUCUGGCAUGAAUGUCUCCGAAGCCCAACAUUUCGGCGCCGGGGAAGCGGCCCGUCCUACCCCUUGUCAAGCAUUGGAUCACGCUGGUGGUUACUUCCUGGCUGCUGGUAUCAUGGCGGCCCUUUACAAGCAAGCAACAGAAGGCGGGUCCUGGCAAGUCGAUGUGUCACUCGCGGGUGUCAUGAAAUACUUGCGGUCGCUUGGCCAGUUUGAAGGGAAAACUGGCUUCGAUGCGCCGGAUUUCACAUGUACGAAAGAUGUACCGGAGGACUAUUUGGAAACCCGAGAAACAGGUUUUGGAAAGAUGGUUGCCAUUCGCCACUCCGCUUCCAUUGAGGGAGUUGAGGUUGGUUGGGACGUAAUGCCGAAGCCUCUAGGAUUAGACGAGAAACGCUUCUUGUAA